AUGCCCGGCUCACGCUCCCCACCGUCGCUGCUGCAGCUGCUGCUGCUGCUGGCCGCGCUGCUGCAGCCGGUGCUGUCGGCCGCCGCUCAGGCCCCGGCAGACCCAGGUGAAGACGCAGAUGACGCCUGCAUUCCGGCCAUUGCGAACGGCUGCUUCGACGAGGUCGUCAAGGACCUGGCCUGCCAGAACAUCCCACAGGCUGCGAGGCCUGCCACCUGCUCGGACCGAGACGCCCUCGAUACGUGCUUUGCUCUAGACGACGCCCUCAACUGUACGUCAGACAUCAUCGAUGGCGAUUGCAGCGCCGCCGACGGCCGAUUGGUGUACGACGGCUGGCUGAGCGGCCUACGUGCCGUGCAGAGACAUCUAUGUGCUGAUGGCGCAGCCAACAUGUUGGAGUUUUUUCGCCGCACAUCAUGUUGGAACCCGCUCACGUACCUGCAGUGUCUUGAGAGGAGCGCCAAUAUCACUCACGUCACCGACUUGCUGAAGGUCAAGCUGGAUCCCGCAGAAUGCCGCCGGACGCUGCAGGCGGCGUCGGCGUGCUCCGCGGACCAGGCCUCUCGCUGCGCCGGCGUGCCUGGUCGGCUGGAUCAGGCGCUGACUGCCUUCCUGCUGGAGUCGCCGUGCGGCAGCUCGGCGCUGUACGUGCCGCCGGCGCCGGCCGCCGCCGCCACCGUCACCGGCGCCGCACUGGCCAUUACGGUGCUGGCGCUGGCGACAGUGCUGCUGGGAGUGGCGCUGGGCCUGCUGGCCUACCGCACCGCCUGCUUCCGCAUACCGCUAGCCGGUCGCUAGCAAAGCCAGGCGGGAU